ACGCUAAGCCUUUUCAUUUCAUCACUCCUCACUUACACUGCAAACUUCUACAAUGGCAGCUUCCCUUCUCUCUCUUUCUCCCUCUAUCAACAACAAAAGGAUGAGUCAAGUGUGUCUACACAUGCAGUCAGACCAAUUGCGGAAAGCUAUAACAUGCUUUUCAGUUUGUCUCCAAAAACAGAAAUGGAGCAUCAAGCUUUACAUAUUACCCUUCAGAGCCAUUGCCGGUCACCAUGUCUCGAAACCUUUUGCAUCAGUUGGCUCAUUAGAUGUAGAUGUGGCAAGCCAAGAAAAUCAUGCUCCUGGUGUUUCAGCUCCAAACAACAUUCAAAGGUCUAAAAUGUCUUUUGACCAGACAAGUUAUCCCUUGGGUGACAUGAGUGAUUUUGAAAAACAAUUGCAAGAGUUAUUUGGUGAAGUCAAAAGAAUGAUUAUGAAGGGGAACAAAAGUGAUGCCAUAGACCUACUUAAAGCAAAUUAUGAAGCUGUGAAAGAACAGAUGAAUGCAGGUACGAAAGGCAUAGAAGAGGCUGCUCUUCUUGACAUCAUUGCCCUUGGUUAUAUGGCUGUUGGGGACUUAAAGUUCGUUGGUUCCCUACUUACUAUGUUGACUGAGGUUGUUGAAAGUCUAAAGGACAAUGAACCGUUUCUGGAUUCUGUGCUUGUGCAUAUGGGAAGUAUGUAUUCGACUUUGAGGAAGUUUGAGAAAUCAUUGCUUCUGUACCGGAGAUCUAUUGAUAUUCUGGAGAACAGAUACGGGAAAAAUAGCAUUUAUCUUAUCACACCAUUGUUGGGGAUGGCAAAAGUACUUGGAGCCAUUGGCAGAUCCACAAAAGCAGUAGAAACCUACCAUCGUGCAAUUGCUAUCUUGGAAUUGAACAAAGGUGCUGAAAGCGAGGAUUUGGUUGUAGCUUUAUUUGGUCUUGGAAAUAUUUUACUCAAAGAGGGAAGAGCGACUGAUGCGGAAACUCAUUUUGUUAGAAUUUUAAACCUAUAUAAGAAGUUAUAUGGAGAAAGUGAUGGAAGAGUUGGAAUGGCAAUGUGUUCCUUGGCCCAUGUAAAGUGUGCAAAAGGAAACCCUGAUGAAGCCAUUCAAUUAUAUGAAAAUGCUCUUCAGGUUAUCAAGGAUUCAAAUUAUGUGGCUUUAGAUGACAGCAUAAUGGAGAAGAUGAGAAUAGAUUUGGCGGAGUUACUUCAUGUUGUUGGAAGGGGAAAAGAAGGCCGAAAAAUGUUAGAGGAAUGCUUGUUGAUCACUGAGAAGUAUAAAGGAAAAGAGCAUCCCAGCUCAGUGACACACCUGCUGAAUCUUGCAACAUCCUAUUCACGCUCAAAGAAUUUUGUGGAAGCUGAACGCUUGCUCAGGACUAGUUUAGAAAUCAUGAGGAAGACAGUGGGCCCUAAUGAUCAAUCCAUCACCUUCCCUAUGUUGCAUCUUGCAGUUACUCUGUACAAUCUAAAACGGGAUGAAGAAGCUGAGCAACUUGCGCUGGAGGUUUUGCACAUCCGUGAAAAGGCAUUUGGAAAAGAUUCUCUACCUGUUGGGGAGGCUCUGGACUGUUUGGUGUCCAUUCAGACUAGAUUAGGGAAGGAUGAUGGUGAGUUGUUGGAGCUACUCAAGAGAAUUGUGAGUAUCCAAGAGAGAGAAUUUGGCUAUGAGAGUGAAGAGGUCAUGGAAACCCUGAAAAAAAUUGUAUACUACUUAGACAAACUGGGUAGGAAGAAUGAAAAGUUUCCACUGCAAAAAAGAUUGUCCAUACUUAGAAUGAAAUAUAAACAAAGGAUUCAAUAUUAAUGGCAUAUCAUCUUUGUAUA